UUUAUUAAACACAUGUAACAGGUUAUUCCUACUAAUUAUCAUAAACACUUCAAUUUAACUUUAACGCAUUGUUUUAUCGCGUUUACCAUAAAAACUCUUCUAGCAUAAGUGCUUCCUACGUUGUCCAUCCCAAACGAGUAAUAUAAACCAUCUAGAAAAGCAGUUUAAUACCAACAAGCAAAACCCAACACAGCCACCCUUUUCCCAAACCCCAAUUUGACUAAAAAUUUCACAUACUAUACUCAUAGUCAAUUUUCAUCCGCAUCCACAAUCUCAUUUUUUGACCAUCAAUCAUGGAGUUCUUCAACACCGCCAGGGCGGUCAAGCUGCGAAGCCACCUCGACAAGUACCUCGUCGCCGACGACAACAUGGAGUCCGUCCGCCAGAGCCGGAACGGCACCUCCCGAAAGGCCCGGUGGACGGUCGAGCUUGUUGAGAACAAACGCCACGCCAUCCGUCUCAAGAGCUGCCACGGCCUCUACCUCACCGCCACCGACCUCCCCUUCCUCCUCGGCAUGACCGGUAAGAAAGUCCUCCAGGCGGAGGCCGACAAGCUCGUCGACUGGAAGUUCGAGUGGGAGCCCAUACGGGACGGGUUCCAGGUCAAGCUGCGGACGUGGUGCGGCAAGUACUUGCGCGCCAACGGUGGGCCGCCGCCGUGGCGAAACUCCCUCACUCACGACGACCCCACCACGUCAACCACCCAGAACUGGAUUUUGUGGGACGUUCUGGAGGCGGAGGUUCCGGCGUCAGAGUCGUUGACUGACUUCUUGCUGUCGCAGCAGUCGAGUUUUUCGUCGUUUUCCGACGAGCCUAACGGGUCGGAGCACGGGUCGCCCCUUUCGGUGUUUUCGACCAGGUCGCCUAGAAUUAUGUCUCCUAAGCCGUCGUUGAAAAACAUGGUUAUGACUACGAAGACGUCGUCGAAAAACCUGGCUAAGCAGAUGAAUACCAACAAGUUCCGAAUCGGAAUGGACUUCUUCCGCAACGCCAAGGCGGUGCGUCUCCGCAGCCACCUCGAGAAGUACCUCCUGGCCGAGGAGGACGAGGAAUCCGUCACCCAGGAGAGAAAUGGGUCAUCCAAGAGAGCCCGGUGGACCGUCGAGUUCGUGUCCGACUCCGACCACAUCAUCCGGCUCAAGAGCUGCUUCGGCAAGUACCUCACCGCCUCCAACCAGCCCUUCCUCCUCGGGAUGACUGGCCAGAAAGUGCUGCAGACUCUGCCGCAGCGGCUCGACUCCUCGGUCGAGUGGGAGCCCGUCAAGGAUUGCAAGCAGGUCCGGCUCAAGACCCGGUACGGCAACUUCCUCCGAGCCAAUGGGGGACUGCCGCCGUGGCGGAACUCGGUGACUCACGACAUUCCUCACAGAACCGCAACGCAAGAUUGGGUUCUGUGGGAUAUCGAUGUUGUCGAGAUUCGUACCAACUCUCCGGCUGCGUGGCCCACCGGACCGCCGCCGCUUCCCCAUUCUGAUUCUCUGGAUUUCGAUUCCAGCUCCCCAUCAGCCGCUUCCGUCAAAUCCAGCCAUUUUUCAAGACAAGGGUCGAGUGAUUCUUAUGUGGAGUCGCCGCCGAAGGAGGGGAGGACUAUAUAUUACCAGAUAGCUGAAGAUAACGGCGAUGUGGGUGAUGAAGCAGUGCAGGGCUACUCUAUGACUUUUAAAGGAAUUGGGGUUGAUGAGUUGACUCGUAAGCUCGAGGAGGAAACCGGGAUUGAGGGGAUCAUCGUUUGUGCUCGAAGCCCUUUGAAUCACCAGCUCUAUCCACUUCGAUUGCAGCUUCCCCCGAACAAUGUGACCAUGCAGGUUGUCCUGGUGUUGCCGAAUUCAAAAGAAACUUACCGAGGGUUAUUUGUAUUCUCUUUUUGGCAAAUUACGUUCACGAAGAGCUUGAAGAAAUGACGAACUAUGUCAUUGGGGGCGAUCAGCUCCGAUUAAUCAAUGUCCAAAGGAAACUUGGGAUUGUUAGCUGUUCUGAAUUCAAGAAGGAGCUAAUGCAUUUUAGGAACAUGCUUCGCAACUAAUGAGUACUCGGAACACUUACUGGCCGGAGCGGGAUGCUUUUCUGAAUUACUUUAAUCAUUGCAACGACAAUAUUUCGUAAGAGUUGCUUAUGAAUUAUCUCCAUUUCAAUUUUUUUUACUUGGGACUUACUUAAAUCUGUAAAAAUUAUGUUUUUGUAUGAGCAUUUUUGCAUUUUCAGAUGAA